ACACACACACACACACACACACACACACACACACACACACACACACACACACACACACACAGUUGGAUGCGUGUGGUAUCCUAAAGUGGAUGUGUAACCAGGCCAGCACAGCACAGUACAGCUCAGCUCAGUUCAGCUUUACUGCUCAGGAGAGUGAAAAUGAUAUUAAAGAUCUGGAAGGACUGAAUAGGUGUAAGCAACAUGGGGAAAUUCCAUCCAGCCCACCUGAGGGCUAGGUCAAGUUAUAAUCAGAGGGGCAAGCUAUUAUUGCUGACUCCUAUCCAAGUCUUCCAGAUCUAUAAAAAGUACCAUGGGGCAGAGGUAGGAAUUAGGGGUCGGUUUGGAUUUGGUCAUCAGAGUCCUUGAGCGUUCCAGUAAGAACACUGUAUACACUGUGUUAUUAAAGCUGAGAAGGCAGAGGUGGCACUGUGGUGCAGGUCUCUUCAUUAAACAGAGAAGGGUUAGUUUGUUGUAUUGGACGGAGGGUGGGAAGCGUUCUCCAGAGAAGGACUAGCUGUGCCACGUCAGUUUAAGACAGACUCUUUGUAAAUAGGACUAUAACAGCUACAAUGUGAUACACUGCAGGUGACGUGUGUGUGUGUGUGUGUGUGUGUGUGUGUGUGUGUGUGUGUGUGUGUGUGUGUGUGUGUGUGUGUGUGUGUGUGUGUGACUGUGUGUUUAUGUGACUUCACUUCUCACAUGAUUGGAUGCAGGAUUGUAGUUGUUUUGAGGAAACCCCCAGUAUUCCACUAGAUGUUAACAUUCCUCUGGCCGAUAUACCACACAAUUCCAUUCAUCUAAAAUGUCAGUACAGCUGCAAGCUUGUCUUGAUAAUUAUAGUGGGCACACUCACUGGCCUCAGCCCCCUUUGCAAUGAAAGCACUGAUGAAUUCCACCAUGUUUGUGAAGGCCUUUGCAACACAUACAAUACGGCGUCUAAUUCCUCCAGUCGAAACAGAGGGGCGUCAGAAGGACUGAACUCCACAAUUUGACCCUCUGAGGAAGUUGAUCUAGUGGAUUAGAAUUGUGAAAGACCCUGCUUACACACAAAACAGCCUUUUGGAGAACCACGACUCAAGUAGAGCGUUGAGAGAACUUCCAGCUCGAGAGGAGAGCAGACAGAGAGAGGGCGGGGGAUGGAGGAGAGAGAGCGGGUGGUGGGGGAGAUGUGGAGAGAGAGAAAAUAAGAGGGAGAGAGACUGCCGUCAGCAACAGGAACCGCAGCUUCAGGUUUCCUCGUCUGGAAAAGCCACAGCAGCAGACCAAGACCAACAGAAGGGAGGAAAGGCAUUAUGCACACAUGAAUACACUCACAUAAACGUGUGUCCAUACACACACUUCCAUAAAACAGAAAGAUAACACAUAAUACGUACACAAGCAUAAUAGUGUCACAUAAAAACUCCUGGGUUCUAAUACACAUACAUACUAGGACCGACACAGGAACUAGCUCUCUCAAAACACACAAUCUCAGGCUGUGUGUGUGUGUGUGUGUGUAUCUCAGUUAACCCUGGCUGGAAACUAUGCAAGAGUCAGGGAGACUAAUCGCUAAUUGGCUUGGUGGACCAACGCUACACGUUCCAGGAAAUCAGAGCAGCGAUUUUGCGCUUGGUGAGAAUUUGAGUGUCAAGCAUUACACGGCAAUAACCGAGCAGAACGCUCUGGGCCCUGCACCAUCUGAACCCUCCCAGCCCGGGCCCACUGCCCAGCCAGCCGCUCGCUCUCUUACCCCAUCCAUCAUCCACUAAAGGGCCUACCUGGGUUUAGCUCUCUCUGCUCUGAUUCUCUCUAUGCUCCUUUCCACUCUCCACUUUCUCUCGCUCUCUUCCUCUCAUUUCCUCUCUCCUUACUCUCUUCUCUUCAUUUUUCUUGUCUCUUAAGGAUUGAAAAUCGAUUUGUUCAAAACGUAACAGUGAAGGUAGUGAGUACUGGUCUUGAGUCAAAUCAGGAGAUAACCAGUGAUGUUAGCCACGUUUACCAGACAAGAAAAUGUCCACUUACAGGGGGGGAAGGCAAGUUCAGCCAAAACUCCUAAUUCGAUAUGACAUGCUUUUACCUCCGCUGUUAUGGCUUACUCCGUCAUGUGUGAUAUCUAAAACCUCAGGGCUAUCCCUGAAUCACCGUUCUGCCUCUAGCCAAGAACUUUAUGUCCUCCUUUGUGUGGAUACAUACUAGCUGGUCAAAUGGUAUCUAUGGGCUAGUCUGAUUUCAUGGGAGUACUUGUAACAUUAUAUAUAAUAUUGGAAGGAACUAGCCUAUAUUCUAGAAGUCCCCAUACUUCAACCUUCUCUUCAUCGGUGACCCUCAACAUCAGCCAGCCUUUAAUAAAGAGUUAUUUUACUUUUUGACCUAUGCUACAGUUUUUUUGGGGGAGAUGACAGCGUGAAGGGAGAUGUAAAAACCUGCUGUGGGUUAAGUCAUCAGUAUCAGUGAAGGGUAUCAUUGUAUCUCGAUGACUCAUUGUUUCAGCUGAAAAGGGUCAGGAUCAUUCCCCAGGGGUGGCAAUCAAGCUGCAGCUUCUUCCUGCAUAAGCCCCUACACACACAGAGACUCCAUGCGUUACCGUAGCUGUACUCACGGAGCAAAAUCCAUUGACUACGCCACACAAAUAUUUACGUCAACUGAGUUGAUGCAAAGUCAAGCUUUCUAACAUCUGACUUGGAUUUGUACUCCACUUAAUCCAGAUGAAUUGCCACUGAAGAGGUUUGUUGUACCCCCUUGGUUUGUUUUUGAAUAAUUAAUUAACACUAACUUUGUACCCCCCCCCUCCCCACACACACACACACACUAAAUGUGCUCGGCAGCUGUGUCUGCAAUGCAGGAGCCACUGGAGAGAGCCUCUAUGGAAAAAGGGCUGAAGCCAGCUGGGUGCGAAGCGAAGCAGUGGGAGGCUUUUUCCACUGCUGUCAGUCGAGACAUGCAGACUCUUCUCACCCCUCUCUCCCCUUCCCCUUCUUCCUCACAGAGUAUUCCAACCGUAGCGAGCUGGCUUCCCUCCCUCCCUCCUAUCCCUUGGAGGAAACGUUUCAUGGACACAGACACAUUAUGUACAGACAGUACAGACUGUGUCCAGGAGCAUUACACAUAUUGCCCGUUAGAGUCCAUUGUCCAUUGACAUGCUGUGGUUUCUGUUCAUGUGUCCUUAUGGUUGUGACAACCUGAGCUGCAAACAAGCAUUGGUAGAAAAUGGCCGAAAUGAUGUUUUGCAAAAUGUAAUUUUUUUUCAGAAAUCCUGCUUCAAGGAUUUUCAGUUGAAGGAUUCCCUCCCUACUCAUUCCCUCCUGAUUCUGGGGAACCUCCAACUGGAAUGUCUGAAAAACCUGGGAACUUUGACAAACAAUGAUACGAUACAGGACGGUAUAAUACAGACUAUACGAUACAGACUAUACAGGAUGAUACAAUACUUUAAUGAAGUGCAUCUAUCUCCUUGGUUCACUCAGAGCGUAUGUACUGGGACUCAGAGCUACAGAUCCCCACGGCCAACUUCGAGGAGGUCCUCCACGAUGACAAGGCCGCCCUGGCCUGGCUGCUGGCUCUACGCCGCGUGGGAAUCGUCUACCUGAAGGGGGCGCCGGUGGAGCAGGGUCAGGUGGCCCGCCUCAGCCAGAGGAUCGGAUACCUAAGACUGACGUUCUAUGGGCACACAUGGCAGGUGCAGGACAAAUCCCAAGCUAACAACGUGGCCUACACCGCUGGCAAACUCAGUCUCCACACUGACUAUCCAGCACUGCACUACCCACCUGGAGUGCAGUUCCUGCAUUGCCUGAGCCAGGCUGCCGAGGGUGGGGAGAGUGAAGCGGUGGACGGCUUCCACAUGGCAGAAAAACUGAGAAGAGAAGACCCAGAGGCUUUCAGGACCCUCACCUCCCUGCAGGUGGACUUCACCGACACAGGGUCUGACUACUGUGACUUCAUGGUGCAGUCCAAGAACCACAUCAUAGAUGUUGACAGUGAUGGGCGGGUGGUACGGAUCAACUACAACAAUGCCACCAGGGACUCUGUGCUGGACCUCCCCCUGCACCAGGUCCAGGCCUUCUACAGCUCCCUCAAGGCCUACAUCCAGCUGAUGACGCGACCAGAAAACAUGCUCACCUACAAGAUGGAGCCUGGCGACCUGGUCACCUUUGACAACGGGCGCCUGCUCCAUGGGCGGAAGAGCUAUCUGAGCCACCCAGACCAGGUGAGACACCUGGAGGGAGCCUACCUGGACUGGGACGAAGUCAUGUCUCGCCUGCGAAUACUCUGCAAGUCUGUCAACGGAGAGAGCUAGACCCACCAAGCCCCCAGAGUGAAGCCUCCUCCAACUAUAUAGAACAGCAUCGAUCUACAGCAGGGCUCUCCAACCCUGUUCCGGGAGAGUUACUGUACUGUAGGUUUUCACUCCAACCCUAAUCUAGUGCACCUGAUUCUAAUAAUUAGUUGGGGUUGGAAUUAAAACCUACAGGAGGGUAUCUCUCCAGGAACAGGGUUGGAGAGUCCUGAUCUACAGGAUUUAUGAGCGGGGAAAAGAGGCUAAUAUUCUAGUAGGCUACGGCUACCCCUGUGUGGGUCAAGAUGGCUGCCAGUCUUUUGAACAGAGUGACAAGUGGGCAAAGUGCAAGAAGAUGGGGAAAAAUUUGAGGGGAAAGGGUUUAGCACUUCCGUAAAUGAUAAACACUCCUCUUCAUAAGUGCUAACAGAGGCAUAGAAACUGUAUAUGAGUAGCAUACUUAUGAAAAAUCUGUAAUUUACUGUAUGAAGCAGGUAGACUAUAAUGCCUUUGCUCCUAGGGUUAUGAAAGCGAAAAUAUUUUCGCUGUCUUUCGCUUUGCUCUAAUCUAUUUUUCUAUUGGCCUGUGUUCUGCUGGUCAAAAUUUGGUAGCACUUUACUACAUAUACUUCUCAAUGACUUAAGUUUGUGACAUUUUCUACCUCUGUCACAAUAUAAUAUUGUGUCUAGUUCAGUUCCAGUCAUCUAACCUUAAGAAAAAAAGUGCAUAGCAAUAGUAUUAGCCCCCCAAAUCAAUACAUUUUUAAUAACUCUCUAUACGUAAAAUGUAUGCACACGCAAAGUUUGGAUAAAAGAAUCUGCCAAGGGAUUAAUCAAAAUGUACAGAUUGGGUACCUGGAGGAAAUUGAGGGAGGGUCAUGCUUUUUCCAUUUCAGUCAAGGGGAGGGUUUAGUAUUUUUUUUUUGUAAUCUAGUCCAGGAGAGGGUCAUGUAAUUGAUAAAAUGUCAAUAUUUAUCAAUGUUUUAGAAUUAGUUGCUUAUUAGGCAAGAUAUCGAUAUGUGCUUGAUGCCGCUCCUCAUCUCUGAUUCUCCGCUGGAUGCGGAAUACCAAGUGGCAUAUAGACUAUUAAGUGUGGUCUCAAUCAAAUGAUCCAUAACCUAUAGGCUACGAAGUGCAUGCUCGGAGAAGCACAGAGCAAAGUGGUAUUUCUAAGAUGGCUGCUGAUGGUGUAAAUACAACUAGGCUGCAUUACACACUGCAAUGGAUAUUCCAAACCGGAGCUCCUGCCUGCUCUUGCUGAUCAAAAACGGGUUUUUUUUUGUGUGCUGCCUAACCAAUGGCUGUGCUGUGUAGGUCUACAGUGGCAGUUCAGGAGAGUCAAAGGAUUCUGCAACUGUUUUUUUUAUUUAUUAGGCCUAGUUCAAAAAAUCUUGCUCAUGGACUAGCCUAUGUUCUGUUCAGUUUGAGGAGAGCGCGGGACGAUGAGGACCCGAGGUCAGCUUUGAUAGCUUGCUACUAAUAUAAUUGAUUUAAUUAAAAACAAAUGUUUCUUGACCAUUUAUGUAUUUAUCAGAGUUAUUGACCUCACAAAGAAUCCAGAUUCAUGGAGGUGGGCUAUUUAAAGAGUGGGUAGAACCAUGACAGCUGGAUGGACAGCUCAUGUUGCUUAAAGUAGGCAUAAUUCAUUUCAGUAGUCUUCAUUUGAAUGAGACUUUGCUAACAACAAGAAGGUUGUGUUGGAACCCGAUUUCUUCCCGUUUAAGAAAUAAGAGGUGGACCUACCUGUUUGACAGAUGAAAUUAGGUUAUAGAAUGCUAUAGCCAUAGAUGUGUCGCUCAAUUCCUCUACCCACUCUUUAAAUAGCCCACCUCCAUGUCACUGACGGGCUGUUAAGUUACAAUCAAGACUCGAAUUGUGGGGGUACGAAAGGGGAUGCCAUUGGCCUACGUUUUAUUAAAGAAAAGGGCAAAAAGCAGAUCUACCUCUAGUUCGCUUAAGAUAUGGAUGAAAAUAAAACUGAUCCGAUUAUAUAAAGUGAUCGAAAGCAGCGCCUUGACCUGCGAUGCUUUAUGCUAGAAACAAGCAUAAAGCAAGGUGUAAAAUACCCGGGAAAGACGUUACUUAAUGCAUAUGGGAAUACCAUUGUUUCAUGUCUUUGACAUUCAGAGGCUGAGAUGAAACCUUCUACAGCUGAGAAGACAUAAAAUAACUUAGCUUGGGAAGAAAUCUAAUUCCGUCACUAUAAAUUGAUUACGCUAUUCGCUUUCUGUUGGCUAACAAUAUGUUUAAACCUAGACAGCUUGUAGGGAAACACUUUUGGAAGUACCAUGUUUAGAUUCCUAAUGACGUCUCAGAUUGAAUUACUUGCAAACAAGACACUGAUUUGGCAUUGGAUAAAUAUAGGAUGUACUCUCUGUCAAUGUUUAGAAUGUAAUUUGUGUAAUUUGUGUGGUAUUCAAAAAUAUUGAUAUGUGAAAUGACAUAGAAUUGACGUGACAUUUUUAUAAAAGGCUUUUUAAAAACCUGCAAAUACGAAUUUCGAUUAAUGCAAUGCUUUUAAUAUAAAGGAGAUAUUUAUACCCCUAGGUUACUCUUGUCCGUGGUGGUCUGAAAACCUACAAGCUUCUGGCCCGCAGCCCAGUGCAAUAUCAAAAUUCCGGCGUUGCCAUGUAAUGCAGUUUCUAAAACUGCAUAUCUAAUGUUCAGGGACAAUAUAUUUUGCUGAAGAGAGGGCCCUCCAUUUUCAUUUCAAAGGUGCUUGAUUUUCUCCAUGUAACCUUUAUUGUAAUUAACAUUCACUCCCUAAAUGGCAUAUCUAAUUGACAUUGUUUUGUCAAUGAAUAGAUCUGCCAUUUGUCUUCAAUGGAGGACAACUUGUCCUCUACAGUACAUGUGCAUGUUGAAAGCCACAAAUAUUGUGCAACUUGGCAUUGUUCCAGUAGCAACAAAUAUUUGUUAUUGUUCGUUACAAUCAUAGGUGUCAAUUGUCUAUUCUAUAUUACAUACAGUGCCUUGCGAAAGUAUUCGGCCCCCUUGAACUUUGCGACCUUUUGCCACAUUUCAGGCUU